AUGCUCCAGUCUCCGCCUGGAUUUUUGGUGUGCACGCACCCGAGGGCUACGCGAGUUGUAAUGCUUGAUUUUUUCGAAGAGUACCUGGAAGGGAAGGUCAUUGCGAUUGUCCCUCCGUACGUGCGCAUGCCUCAGUACAUCACCGAGAAAACGUUGCUACUCCAGCUCUUGGAACGCAGUGAGGGGCAGACGGAGUCCGAUGUCAUGAGUCGGGAAUUGGUCAAGGGCGCCAAGCGGACCGGUUACGAUGCCGAAACGAGGCGACUGACUUUCAUUAUGCCGUAUAAAGCGGCAGCAGCAAGCUGGCAUGCAAAGAUGAUUUUGUUUCGCGGAAAGCGUCUUAAGCUGUUGUGCCCGGCCACUAUGGAGCGCGAAGACAUUACUGCUCCUUCGCUAUUAGCCACGUCAAGCGGUAGACACCAAUUGCAAUACCAAGUCCGGAUUUUGGUCAAUGGAGUGGCGGCAAGCACGGUUCAAGCUAUAUUGGCGUCUAGUGUGGCUUGUACGGUCACAUCCGUGUCUCGUGGGUGCCCACUCGGCUCGGAGGCAUAUGAUUCCAACUUUUUCGUGGCAACUUUUGACAUGGUGUCAUGUCCCGAGCAACUCAAGCUGGUCACGCACAUCGCAACAUCCGAAACGGAGAUCUUUCCCACCAUUUUCGUCACUUUCAACGCGUUCCCUGUUUUUCCUGCUAUUCGCCAUAUCACUCGAGUGCUAAGUGUGGUGGACGCAAAGGCGCUUUUCAAAUUCAGCAUCACCGAGAAUUUACUGCAUGUCUCUGGACUGGCGGAUACUUUGGUGGCAACCACGGCGGAGUUAAAGGCUGAUGGCAACAAGGCCCCACUGUUAAGUGAGGUCUCGCAGGUACCUCCUUGUGCUGGGCAGUCGUCAGUUCCGAACACGUCUCCGCUUGCCGGUGGACAGGCCGUUCGGGGCGGGGCUACUCGCGUCAGUGGUCCAAUGACGAACGAGUGGUUCGAUCCUGGAGCGAACAAGAAAAAGAGGGAUGUGCGCCCCGCAGAUGUUCCGGCUAGUCGGGCAACAGGACCUGCUGUGAAGCUACCCAAGCAUCCGCAGUUCAACAAAGAUGGAGGUGCAAGAAAGUCACCACUCCCGAAGUCGAAGGCUGUUGCCCAAACUAUUUCCACGAACACGGUCGCUGACAAAAAGAAACCACCUCAACAGACUAAGGCAACUGUUCGUCAAAAAGGGCAAUCGAACACGGUCCAUUCUUCGCCACCACCCUCCGCUUCUUCGAAGGCGGACACCCAGCGCACGCUGGCGAUUCGGGAACUGGACCACAUAUUGAGUGGUGCUCAUGAGGAAGUUGCAGAACCUGCACCGAUUGAUCCGGGGGUCGAUUCGGCGCUGCCUUCGACGAAUUUAAAAGAGGCGACCCUUGAGGCCGUUCGAUCGCAAGUAGCAACCGCACAAAAAACGGUCGAGGAACUUAAUUUAGCAGCCGAAGAGAAGCAGCGCGCGGCAGACACCACGAAAUCAUGCUACUUUGCGGCUCACGCUCAGGCACUCGAAGUGGCUACUGCUACUGAGAAAACGAGUAAUAGAGAACCUACUUCUCCUGAAGAAGUCAGUGAGGAAUUGCUGAGGAUGGAGUACGAAUACCGCACCGCAGGUGCGACGGCGAACCGAGCGAAUGCGGAUGCAACGAUAGCAGCGAAAACCCUCGAAACACUGACACGUCGGUUGGCAAAGAUUACACCGAAACCGAAGCCUGUGACCGAAGAUACGGCCCCGCAAGAUGAUACACCACCUCGCGAGAUGCCUACGGAGAUGGCAGCAAGAAGUAGAGAGCGGAGUCGGUCCAUGAUACAACGCUUGUUGGCUUCGUAUGUGCGCCGCAAACGGGGUGUACCAAGUGAGCCGAUCGAUAAACCUCUUGGUACGGUACCUACCGCGAAGGCGCCUCGUGAUCCGGGUCCACCGGAUCUACCGCCGAUGUGCCCCCCAGAAUCGGACGGGCAGCGUCCCCAAGAUUUCGAUGUUACUAUGGCGGAGAGCACGGUUACGUUCGGGAACACUAUGUGCUUGAAUGAUUUAAAUGGAGGGGCAGUUACUCCGCCUCCCUGUGCCGCUAGUGUACCUAUUCCAGCGGAUCUAGCCAAGGCAAUUGAGGAAGAGCUUAAGGCCUCGUCUGGAGUUUCCGACACGGGUGCCUCUAGUUUAUUAACACGUCCUACCGCUAGCAUGGGUGGUCUCUGUACGCAGGUAGCGGUCCGGUCCCCGAUGGAACAAUGUCGCGCUCCCGAUCCUCACGAUCAGACUUUACGCGCAACAAGGAUUCGCAAAAUUCCAGAUAGCGCAUCUGCUGCGGUGGCGGCUGCUGCAGUGCCGGAGAGCAUGAAACAAAUUUCAUUGAACACAGCGGCGAUUCGCAAAUGGGUUAGCCUGCACAAAGCGAUGGCUGCACUACCGACUACAAUGCCAGUUGGACCUAAGGGACAAAUGGCCUGGAUAAACGCGUGCACCUUGGACUUGGCGGGACUCGUCUGUGGACGACCUUAUCCUGUUGCUUACCUUGCCUCGAUGUCGGGUGAAACCCUACGGUCUUUUGGACAUUCCAUCAACAGUGAAUCUCAACUGGCUGUAAUUCGGCGACACACCACACACGCAGAUGAAGAACUUCGCGAGCUGUGCAAGGGUUGGGCCGCCACGGCAGACGCGCAAACCGGUCAUAUUCGAUGGAGAACGACGGACAAUAUACAACGCUGGAGACGCUUUAGUAAGAUACAGCCCGAUUUGCUGUGCGCGACUGUCGUCGAACUGCUUUCUGACUUGGAUCAGUGGGAAGUCCUCAAUGUUCUGUGUUUAUUGCUCCCGAAGCUCGCACCCAUUGAGGUUAAGACGAACGUGGUAAUGCCGCAAACCAAGGCUGUACUAUAUCACCUCUCCAAAGAGAUGGUCAACUGCUGGACUCUAGGUGCUGAGGGCGUCUCGGCUGAGCUAGAGGAUGCAUCGUCGCGGCACAUGCCACAACGUCGUCAAAGACGCCUUUUUAAGACCUCAUGUAUUCCACGCGACAACAGCAUAGGUAUCCAUUCGCAGAAUGUCGCGGGAUUUCCCAAGAAUCCGGAACAUUGCGCAACUUGGUUCAGCCACUUCCGACAGAGCGAAGCCAGGGGAAUCAUCGAUUUGGUCCUUUUACAGGAAACGCGGGUCACUUUAGGUGAGGCAGCUCCUCUGGACAAGCUUUACAACUCCUCCUGGGGAUUCGUGCACAAACUCGGACGCUCGUUGUGGACCGAGUCCGAGUUCUCUCGUGGAAGUGUGGCUAUUUUAUUAAACCCAUACUCAACAAUUACGGAAAUGGUUCCGUGGUAUGAGGAUCAAUGGACACAGCAUUGGAUGGCUGUCCGGGUCUGUCUAAUGGGCGAAACAGUUCUUGUUGUAAACGUUUACGCCCCAAGUACCAAGACUGAAAGAGAGGCGCUGUUCUCGAGCCUUAUACUUAUUCUUCAGGGAUACGAAGGACCCAUGUUUGUUGGAGGGGACUUCAACUGUACUUUGGAGCCGCGACUUGACCGUUCUUUUGUCUCGCCGCCAGGAAGACAUGAUUCCUUGGCGCUUCGGCGGCUUCUCGGCCGAGUGCAGCUUAGCGAUGUUCUUGAUGGUGAUCUGGAGAUGGCCGAAGAAGAAAGAGAUGUGCCGGCGUUUCAUGCGGCCUCUCACACUUAUUUCUACACUCUUCCGGGCGGUGGAUUGGCUAGUUCCCGACUGGAUCGGUGGUAUGUGAGCUCUCGCCAUGCUGAUUGGAUUCGUGGCGUUGCUUUGUCAGUUCCUGGUCCAGCAGAUGACCACAAUGGCAUCAGUAUCAGUAUUGGAGUGCCGCGUUAUGUGGUCCGUGUACGUAAGCCGAGGCACGUGUACCCUGUUCCAGGUUGUGCAAACACAGCCGCGCAUAAAGCAAUUGUCGCGGCCAUUAAGCUGGCACAGCUUAAAGCGGACGAUACUCUUUCUGUUCCGCCGUCGGACUAUAUCACGGCCCGUAGAUUGGCCGACUGGGGGGAUGAAUGGAAGAUCAGGCUUCGCAAAGUUCUUUUGGCGACGACCAAGAACGCGCGUCAAGGUAUGACAACAAGCUAUCGGCAGCGGCUACGUCGGCUCUAUGUAAGACUGGACGCAGCUCUAUUGGUGGUGCGUACACUUGAUAACUCACCACCAGGAGCUCAUAAGGACUGCAACAAGCCUAGCACCACCGAUACUCCGGUUGGACUGCGGCGUAAUGUUGCGGGGUGUCGACGCUUAUGGCAGAGAUCCAAAAAAGAGCGCCUUCUUGUUCAACACACGUAUACUCCUGGAGAAACAUCUCGACGUUUUUUCGCCCGGGUGGCGACUAAAUUUCAAGACAACACCAUUGUUUCUUUGGGCGGAAAGGCUGCAUACGGGCCAAAUCAUUCUCAAGAGCUGGCUGAUGAAAUGGCGGAUGGCUGGGAGCGUAUUAUGACUCAUUCCUUUGCCUGUCCCGACGCUACCGCCACUUUUCUUUCCCGGGCAGUCCCGCCAGGACCAGUUGAUGACACUACUGUGAUGUCGGCCGUUUCCCCCGAUGACGUGAGUGCGGCUUUAAAGAGGCUAAAACGUGGGAAAGCCGCGGGACCGGACAAAAUUAACAACACGUUUUACAGAGAUUACGCGGAAGCGCUCAGUCCAGUACUCGCUACAUUCUACACCAGAUGGCUUACGUGCAGCGUGUUCCCGUCUUCCUUCGGUGAAGCGAACAUUCAGUGUUUGAAGAAAUCUGCGUCCUCCGCCUUGCCGCUCGAUCAUCGCCCGAUUGCUCUCCUCAACAGCGACUACAAGUUAUUUACCAAGAUUCUUUCGUUUCGGGUACGGCCAUUAUUGUCGCAUCUCGUUUUGCCGGCUCAAGUUGGUUUUGUUCCAAAGAGGUCGAUCCAUACAGCUCUUGACAUUUUCGCGACGGUACGCAAAGCUGCGACUUUGGACAGCAGCCUACAUGGAGCCAUUGUGCUACUUCUCGAUUUUGCCAAGGCUUACGACACGUUGCAACGUCCAUAUGCGCUUUCGGCUCUGACAUGGCUAGGGUUUUCGCCUCAUUUCGUAUCAGUCGUGGCAGCAUUACACCACGACACUACCUGCCGAUUUUUUUGUGAAUGGAUACCGCUCUCGUCGACGUGA